AUGGUAUCACAUGAUACCAGCAUUCAAAUCAAUCAAGAUCAACAAGAUUCAACUCUAGAUAAUAAUAAUAAUAAUUCUUCACAACCUUCUUCUUCUUCUUCUUCUUCAUCUAAUACAACAACAACAGCAACAACAAUAGUUAAAUCAAACAAUGAUCAUUAUAUUAAUUUAAUGAUAUUACCAGAUGUAGUGAUCAAUAUAAUAUUUGGUAGAUUGUUAAAUGAUGAUGAUCGAUUGUCAUUGUACUUUAGUUGUAAAAAGACUUUUAAAAAGAAGUUUCUUUGUCUUGACAAUCAUCAAGACUUUAUUGUAAACAAAUACCCUUCACUUUUGGAUUGUGUCCAUACCAUCACUCUAUCUCCGUCACGUUAUUAUUGGUUUGUCAAUAGAAUUUCAAAACAAAGAUUAAACAAUCAAUUGGGUUCAUCAUAUGGUGGGGUUGAUAAUAAUAAUAAUACUUUAUUUAUAUAUAAACCAAAAUUAUUAAAAUUAAUACUUCAAGUACCAUUAAUUGGUGAGCAAUCAAAUUUCAAUACUGUACAUAUAACUCCAAACGAUAUAAAUAAUAGAAAUAAUAAUCAAAUAAUUGAUAAUCAUACUCAAAAUAAUAAUAAUAAUAAUAAUAAUAAUAAUAAUAAUAAUAAUAAUAAUAAUAGUACAACAACUGGUGGAUUAUUGGAUAUUGUUAAUUUAAAUGAUCCAUCAACAUUUACAACAUCAAUCAAUUCAACCAUUUCAACAACAAGUAGUUCACAUUUAUCCAACUCUGCAUCAUCUGCUUCUUCAUCUACUUCAUCAGUACCACCAUACUAUUAUAAUUUAAAAUAUUUACCAGAGUCUAUUGAAACAUUGGUGUUUCCAGAUACAUUUAAUCAUCCACUCACCUUUUAUUUACCAGAGUCUCUUGUAUGUGUCAAUUUUGGUAAAUCAUUUAACCAACCACUAGAGACUGGUGGAGUAUUAUCAAGACACCAAAAUAUAACGCAACUAUGUGUCGGUAGAAGAUUCAAUCGUGAAAUACAAAAGGAUGCGCUACCACCCAACUUGGAAUGGCUAGAUUUCACACCUGGAUCAUUGUUUUUGCAUCCAAUUACAGUAUCAUUGCCUCAGAAUUUGACACGACUAGAUGGAUUGACAGCAUUACCUUCUGUACCAUUACCAGCGACUCUUACGUCACUGUCACUUGGUAAUUACUUUAAUACAGAGUUGCCAGUUGAUUGGUUACCAUCUGGAUUAAAGGAACUUUCAUUGGGAUAUUUGUUUGACCAACCUUUACCUCCCAAUGUACUACCUGCACAUUCACUCCAAGUUCUAAGGAUUAGUGCACUGUAUACUAGAAAGUUUGAACCAGACUCAUUACCACAAUCACUACGAGUACUCGAUUUUGGAACAGAAUCAUUAGAGAGUCUGUUUGACCAUCCCAUUCCAAUCGGUUUGUUACCAGACUCUCUUGAAACUCUAAAGUUUGGUUGGCGGUUUAAUCAUCCGCUAGUUUACAAAUCUUUGCCUAGAAACCUCAAAUUUUUAACAUUUGGUGAUAACUUUGAUCAAAAGAUAAAGUUUUUUGAUGACGUGAAUGGUGAUGAUGAUAAUGAAAAUUAUAGUUAUUUACCAUCAAGUUUGGUAUAUUUAGUUUUUGGACACGACUAUCCUCACAAAAUAUCAAAGUCUUCUAUUCCACAAUCACUGAUUGUUUUGGAUCAUCCCAAACUCCAUUUCAACUAUAGUGGUAUGGUUGUUGGUCAUAUCCAAGAUUAUAGUGAGCUAUUGGCUCAUGUACAACAACAAGAUGGUGCUGAAAGAGAUGGAAAUAUGUCCACCACAUCUGGAUCGGCAACAGUCAUUAUUGGAUCAGAUGGUGGUAUUCAAUUGAUCAAUCAUCAUUACCGCCACCAUCAGGGUCAAGUUGGAUUCCAAUCAUUUAUCAGUCGUUACAGAACCUAUAUUAUAUUGAUAAUGUCGAUUCUAGUACUUGGUGUUUUAAUAUUUGUCAUUCAAAAAUUUAUCACUGCUUUAAACCCAAAUAAAGUUAAUUCUCAAAACUCUUAA